AUGGUACUGUCUGAGAAUGCUGUCAAUGUAGAAAAGAACAGACUGACUGAAGGUCUGCGGGUCCUGCAGUUUGGAAAUGGACCAAUUCCGAAAAAGGUUAUCUUAUCAGACGUCAAGCUGGCGACCCAAGCAGCAAAGAAGCCCAAGAAGGCAGAGGAGGAGGAGCAGCCUGCAGCAGCUCCACCAGCAGCAGCAGGAGCAGCAGCAGCCCCUGUAGCAGGAGCAGCUGAGGAGGAGGAAGAAGAGGAGUAUGUGGUGGAAAAGGUUUUGGACCGCCGAGUGGUGAAGGGCAAAGUGGAGUUUCUGCUAAAAUGGAAAGGCUUCUCAGAUGAGGACAAUACAUGGGAGCCAGAGGAAAACUUGGACUGCCCCGAUCUUAUUGCUGAGUACAUGCAGAAACACAAAGAGAAGGAAGAGAAAAAGAAGGAGAGCAAACGGAAAGCAGCCAGUGAAACCUCGGGAGACGGAGAAGAGCGAGGAAGCAAAAGAAAGAAGGAGGAGGGUGAGAAGGCCAGAGGUUUUGGCAGAGGACUGCAGCCUGAGAGGAUUAUUGGAGCGACAGACUCGAGUGGAGAGCUGAUGUUCCUUAUGAAGUGGAAAAACUCAGAUGAGGCUGACCUCGUCCCAGCUAAGGAAGCAAACGUCAAAUGUCCACAGGUGGUCAUCUCUUUCUAUGAGGAACGCCUCACAUGGCACUCCUACCCCACAGAAGAGGAGGAGAAGAAAGAGGAAGACAAAAAAGACUAGAUUUUUAGAGGGGGUGCAAAGAAAAAAGGGAGGUGCAGGGCAGGAAAUCAACUGUGCCCUGGUGAAGCAUCAUCCAGGUUGGUCAACUCUAGCAGCAACUUUGGCAGCAAAAGCAGUGAAAAAAAAUAUCUGCCAAUGUGGCUGACAGAGGGGGAAUAAGAAUUGUUUUCCUGCCCUGCAAGGAUUUCUCAAAAGAUGGUCCCACCUGUAUCUUGGCCGAAAAGUUUUUAAUUAUUUAUUUUUACCAUCUUUUUUUUUCUUUUUUAAACAAGUAUGCUGAUACUUAACUUCCUCCCUUAAACCCCCACUAUGUUUAACAAUAUUCAACUGAAAACAGUGGAAAUUAUGAAAUUUUCUUCUACGCUUAGUGAAAAAUGUCACACAGUGGCAGCUCGCUGUCAACUUACCUCUUUGCCUUUGCAUUUGUGGGAGAAGCAAGCUCAAAGUUUGGCUGUGGUUUGUAAGUUUUCCUCCUCCAGUCACUGUUCAUUAUGUUAGACCCCUAUGUUUGAAGAGGGGGAAGGAGGGGAAAAAGAAGAGGAAAAAUACAGAAAAGGUUGUAAAAGAAGAUCGCAAAUUGUGACAGACAGGACAAAGUUUACUUCCUGUUUUGUCAGGAUACAAAGGUGGGAAAUUCUUUUGAAUGGGGAUGAAGUGAGGAGUGAAAGAAUGAACAGAAACAAUUUGUCCUUUCAGUAUCUGUUCUUUGUGCCACCCAUUUUCUCAUUAUUGUUGAUGUGGUCAUUUUAAUCUCAUUACUCCCUUACUCGUCCUACCAGCCAGCGUGGCAGCUAGGGAUGUCACAGUACAAGUGGACCAGAGAAAUUCCACUACUCUGAGAUGUGGAUUUAAUACCAGUCAAUGUAUUUCCACCAAAAAAAAUGCAGUAUGGUUGGACAUUUUGACACUCAACUACUAUGACAGUAGCUUCAUAUUAUAAGCUAUCUGUUGGGAUAAACAGGCUCUUAUUAGCCGCUAGUUUACAGAUAUUUCAAGUGGUAAAGGUUGUGUUAAUGUGGAGAGUGGAGUAUGUUACCUGCUGUUAGUCGCUGGUUUCGAGUCCCAAACUCAAGCCAGUAUUACCAUUUUAUACUUGGUGGUUUGGUUACCUAGUACUGUCUGGUGGGGUGUGCACGCCUUUAUAGCUAAAGCAAGAGGCACAUCUAGUGUAUUAUAAUUUCCAUCUCUGGUUAAGUUACUUCAGGAUCUGCAGGUUUUCAUCAUUGAACUCUGUUGUGAGUUUUUUGUUAUUUUAAACGAGCUGCUUGUGGACAUUGUAUGCAGUGUUUCCUGAAAGUUACUCUCUCCAAUCUGUCUGUACUCUAAACUAUUUUAAUGACACGAAAGCCCCUUUCAGAUAUAGUAUAUGUAAGAUUGUCAACAUUCUAUCAAAGUUGUUAAAUUAUUACUAAAACAUGGGUCACUGUUACAUGCUCAUACAUACAGUGUCCAAGAGCCUUGUGUCUUGUAUGCUAAGACUUCAUGUUUUUUGACAAUGUGCAUAGACUUGAAGUGCUGGCAGGGGUGGAACGUGUAACCUCUGCUGCGCACACUUGGUGAGUCAGAUAGGUUUUCUGAAUUGUAAAAGGCGAAAGUGGCUGAGACACUCGGGGGCAGUCUUUUUGGUCCCAUCUAUUCAUGUGACCUUCAGACCUGUGCCUUGUUAGUCUCAGUCUGGUAAUGGAUAGGAUUUUUUCAGGAAAAAAGUGCAUGUCUGGAAGGGGCCUAAGUUGAAAAAACUCCCACUUGACAUCUUGAGCUGUCCUAAGAAGCUGUUCUGAUUGGGCAAACAUUUAAGCGAACGAAGUCCACUGAAGGUCAGCUGCUACUGUAGUCUUGGAAAGAACAAGAAAACAGCCACAUGAACUGCUGAACUAUAAAGGCAGCUUGUUAAGUUUGCUGCCACUUUGGCUGGUAGGUGGCAGUGUCUCCUGGCUCAAUAACAAACAAGUGGCUUUCACUGCUGAUGUAGCAGAUGGCUGAAAGUUUGUCAAAUGAUCUUCAUUUCCACUCCCUUGUUUUUAAACCUUCACACACAUUUACCUGUGUUCUGUAGGCUGUAUUAUUUGAGCUUGCACUGCCCGGGCAACACUUAACACACAGUAUUCUUUCACAUUCUUUGCUUGACACUUAUUUUGGUGAGUAAAAUAGGAUGCAUCUUUAAAACUUUAGCAUGCUGAGCAGAAUCAGUUUAAAAAUACUUGUCAAGUGGUCUGUGUUGAAUGUAGCCCGGAUGUGUACAUGUAUGUAUACUGUAUUAAAGUUAGAACAGUAGCUGGCAUAUCUGGGUAAGCUGGUUCAAAACGGUUCAUACCUUAGGUGGUGUUUUGCUGUGCCUCUGUUUUGUUUUUCGCUCCUUUUAUUAGCCUUAGCCCUGACUGUCACGUAUGGAAGACGUACAAGAGUACUUCAUGCAUACACAGACUGGGUAAAGGUCGCAACAGUUUCUUGCCUUUUAAAUCAAACACAAGAGGCUAAACUAGUCUGGUUUAAGUUUUUACUGUGAAGUCCUGACACGUCCUGCAUCCUGACUACUUCACCACUGACUGGAAGGAACUGAACUAUCUGCACCCAGGUCUGCUACUUAGGUUUUCUCAUCUUGUCUCAAACUUUUGUUGUUGUGUUUUUGUUUGUUUUUAGUGGAUUAGCUUGUGUUGUCUUGUUGCAUGUUUAUUUUCCUUUGCUAUGUUGGCAUCAUGGCUGAUCUACUUUUAACUGUUUUGAACAAUAAAAGGUUUUUGUUUUCUAAUUAA